ACGGAAACCCGUGAUGCACUAGCCAAGGCUUCCCAUUCCACGGCAAAGCUGUAGCAAAUCCGAGGACACGUCGGCAUGAAGCUGUUCGCCUUCGUGAGGCGCGCGCGCCGGUCGCCGGCGCCGGCAGCGGCGCCAGCGGACGCCACCGGCGCGCCCGCGGAGAAGCGGCGGCGGAGGCCGUCGUCGGGGUCGGCGGCGUGGAAGCCGACGCUGGUCGCGAUCUCAGAGGACGCCGCGGCCGUGGCGAAGGCGCAGGCGCAGACGAAGCCUGCCUCGACGGCGAAGGCCCAGGCCAGGCCGUCUCCUCGCGCGCCCCGUCCAGCGAGCUACGAGGACUACCGGCACUUCGGAGCGCCCACGGUGCUGCCGGCGUUCACGCCGACGGCGUUCCUGUUCUGAGCUCCGAUGAGCUGCAGACCACGUGACAGCCCGGCGGUGGUGUGUAGAUGGUGCUUGUGGCGGCGGUAUGGCUCGACGACGACGUCUCCGCUUUGUGCUGCAACCUGAACUCGCAAAGCUGAUUCUGUGAACCCAAGCAUAGUGCUUCUGAUGUGCAUACAAACUGCUGUUUCGGAUCC